UUUGAAUACCGCAUUUUUUACAGCUUUUUCAUGACGUUUCUUUAAGAGAAAAAUAAGUAAUGAUUACGUUAGCUUCCGUGCGUCCGACGAAUACGUACUGACCGCAUGCUGUAAGUGGUAUCUACUAGUGAUCACGAAGAAAUACAUAGUUAACAAAGUGUCCAAGUGUAUUCUAGAUAUAAAGUAAUACUAACGAAAAGCAGAACCAUGAUUGCCGGUGGUGGUUUAGCUGGAUUCCGGCGACGGCUCCUGCCGUUGCUGCGAGUGGAGCAAGCAGGCUCAAGAGCAGUGGUGCAAAACUUUACCAAAGUGAACCGAUACAGUUGCUUAGCGAAUCAGCUUCCUGUGGUAAGCUAUUUUGCCCAGCAAAACCUGAAAAAGUUGCAAGUCAGCCCGAAUGCUCCUACCGGCGGUUUGCGAUUCUGUUCGGCUGAUUGCGCUACGAACAAGUUUGAUAAAAACUGCAUCGACCCGAGCCUGGUUGCCACGUACGAUGAAAUCGUCGAUCUACCGAAUCACCCGGAAAAGCUGCUGAUCGAUGUUCGCGAACGACAGGAACUGGCCGACACCGGGGUCAUUCCGACCAGCAUCAAUAUUCCCCUCAAAACCGUAACCGAGGAGCUGAAGCUGAGUCCGGAUGCGUUCGAAGCUAAAUAUGGUCGGAAGAAGCCGGCUGUUAACGAUCCGGUGAUCUUUUCCUGUCGCUCGGGAGUGCGGGCCGGCGAAGCGGCCAAUCAAGCGGAUAAGUUGGGAUUCAAAAAUGUUAAAAAUUAUGUCGGAUCCUGGCUGGAGUAUGCCCAGAAGAACAAUCUGCCCCUUGAGCCAUCUCAGUGAUAGUGUUAGUGUGUUUUUAAGUUUCUUUUCAAUAAAAAGU